ACCUAGCUAAGACCAAAAUCUCCAAUAGCAAUCCACUAGAAAACAAAUACCAGCAUCCAUGGCUAAGUCACAGGCAUUGGUUCCAGCACUGCUGCUUGUCCUGGUGGUGUCCCUCACCGCGAUAGAGGGUGUUCAUGGCAUCUGUGGCAUGUCAAAUGAUGAAUUCAAGCUUUGCCAGCCUGCGGCUGCAGUGGAAAACCCAAUAGACAGUCCGUCGGCUGAGUGUUGUGCCGCGCUUGGGAAGGCCAACCUAUCGUGCAUUUGCCGCUACAAAGGCAUCGCCGGCAUAUGGCUGAGGAUGUACCACAUCGAUGCGGACCGUGCUAUGGCGCUGCCCGGCAAGUGCGGCCUCAUUGUGCCCAGCAACUGCUCGUGAUGAUCGGAUGCACUAUCCAUGAAUGUGUAGGUGUCGAUCGGUCUAGAUAUGCAUCAACAUUAAUACGGCUAAAUAAGUGGAGGAGCACUUGAAAGGUCUUAUUGUUGUUGUAUGAUUUGAACGUGUGUCUAUCUCAUUAAUCUAUCGUUGAACGAUAGUAUGUAUGUAUACUGGACGUGUAAGGAGGGCAAAAGUGCCUUAAGCGUCCCAUGAUUUAAUAUUUUAAGUUGUGAGUUUGUUAUUGCCCAAAA